AUGUCCAACAGCAGCUCCAUCAGCCACUUCCUCCUGCUGGCAUUGGCAGACACGCGGCAGCUGCAGCUCCUGCACUUCUGCCUCUUGCUGGGCAUCUCCCUGGCUGCCCUCCUGGGCAAUGGCCUCAUCAUCAGCGCUGUAGCCUGCGGCCACCACCUGCACACGCCCAUGUUCUUCUUCCUGCUCAACCUGGCCCUCAGCGACCUGGGCUCCAUCUGCACCACUGUCCCCAAAGCCAUGCACAAUUCCCUCUGGGACACCAGCACCAUCUCCUACACAGGAUGUGCUGCACAGGUCUUUUUCUUUCUGUUCUUCAUCUCAGCAGAGCUUGCGCUCCUGACCAUCAUGUGCUACGACCGCUACGUGUCCAUCUGCAAACCCCUGCACUACGGGACCCUCCUGGGCAGCAGAGCUUGUGCCCACAUGGCAGCAGCUGCCUGGGCCAGUGCCUUUCUCUAUUCACUGCUGCACACAGCCAAUACAUUUUCCCUGCCUCUGUGCCAUGGCAAUGCCCUGGGCCAGUUCUUCUGUGAAAUCCCACACAUCCUCAGGCUCUCCUGCUCAAAUUCCAGCCUCAGGGAACUUGGGCUCAUUGUGUUUUCCAUCUGUGUAACAUCUGGUUGUUUUGUGUUCAUAGUUUUCUCCUAUGUGCAGAUUUUCAGGGCUGUGCUGAGGAUCCCCUCUGAGCAGGGACGGCACAAAGCCUUUUCCACCUGCUUCCCUCACCUGGCUGUGGUCUCUCUGUUUAUCAGCACUGGUACAUUUGCCUACCUGAAGCCCCCCUCCAUCUCGUCCCCAUCCCUGGAUCUGUCAGUCUCUCUUCUGUACUCGGUGGUGCCUCCAGCCCUGAACCCCCUCAUCUACAGCCUGAGGAACCAGGAGCUCAAGGGUACCCUGAGGAAAAUAAUGACUCUGCAGCUGCAGCAGUGCCUGCGGUUCCUGAGCACGGCCAGCAGGGGGCGCCUGGCAGCACCGCGCCCCCUGCAGGAGCAGGUCGGGACUGCACCAGUAUGGACCAGUACAGACCAGUACACACCAGUACAGACCAGUAUGGAGCAGUAUGGACCAGGGGCGCUGCUGUCCCAGGCGGCCAUCUUGCGGCAGCAGCUCCGCCGGGGGUGCCGCAUGCGCACCGGGGGGGGGGGGGGCCAGAGCCAGCCCCGCGCCUCCCCCAGGGCGUGGCCGAACUGCUGCCCCAUCUGCGAUUGGUGGGCCCCGCUGGCUCAGUGGGCCCUGGUCACGCCCCCCGAGCACACCCCCUUCUCACAUUGGCUGCAGCGCUGGUGUAGCACCGCCCAUGGCCUGCAGGCCACACACACCAUUGGGGAGGCCCCGCCCACCACGGUGCAGGGGGAGGAGCCAGGCUAG